AUGAUAUUUUCUUCAAAAAUCUUUCUCUCUCCUAUUCGUCUGAUAGAGUGUCCACGAGAUGCGAUGCAGGGAAUUACACAUUUUAUUCCAACUGAACAAAAAAUUCGUUAUUUAAAUGCAUUAUUAAAGUGUGGAUUCUAUGCAGUUGAUUGUGCCUCAUUUGUAUCCCCACGCGCCGUACCACAAAUGCGUGAUAGUGCGGAAGUGCUUGCUGGUUGCGAUCGUACACUUCUUUCUGGUGAAAAUGCCUCUAAACUCUCUGUAGUGAUUGCGUCCCUUCCAGGAUUAAAACGGGCUAUUGAGACUCCUAUUAUAAGUACUAUUGGAUUUCCACUUUCAUGCAAUGAACGUUUCCAGCAAUUAAAUACGAAAAAGAGUAUUGCUCAGUCACUUGAGGAAAUUAAAGAGAUGUAUACAGCUAUUGAGGUUUCCAAUAAAAAUCUUAAAUCUCAAUAUGCAUCCCGGUUAGAGUUGGUGAAAGAAAAAGAUCUUGUGGUUUAUCUUUCCAUGGCGUUUGGUAAUCCAUACGGUGAGUCCCAUGAUGUAAAUGUGGUAGAACGACUUGCGGGUGAACUUAUCUCCAUUGGUGUGCGCACCAUCAGUCUUGCCGACACUGUUGGCGUCUCGGAGCCGAAUAUCAUCUUUGACACCUUCACACGAUUAAAGCGGAAGUUCCCUGAUAUCAUGUUUGGUGCGCACUUUCACAGCAACACUGCAAAGGCGAAGGAAAAGGUGUUUGCGGCUUUAGAUGCGAAUUGCAGAAUGUUGGACAGUGCACUUGGGGGAAUGGGCGGUUGUCCGUUUGCGAAGAAUAAUGAACUCACGGGAAAUGUGGCUACGGAGUUGGUGGUGAGUGCCCUGCAGGAACGUCAUGUUCUCCCGGCUUCUCUUAAUCUCGCCCGUUUAAAUGAUUGUAUUCAACUCAAACAAAACAUCUUUGGUGUGAGUGUGAAGGAAAUGCUUCUCUCGCAGAGUCUGCGGGAUGAAAAGCGGUUUGCGCAGUUGUGCCGUGAACACUUCCGCCGGUAUGAUGCGGAGGAUCGUGGGCGUCUCACCUACGAGGACUUCCGCAACAGUAUGCUGCAGGUCUUUGCGGAGUUGGGCGGGGAGGCGCCGAGUGAAGAGAAGAUCCAAAACAGUUUUCGCAAAGUCGACAUUCAGCAGUUGGGCUGCAUUACACUCGACGCCUACACGAUGGGCGCCAGGCGUUUAUUGCGGAAACAACUCGGAUUGUUGCCUGCAGAGACCUCAGCCGGUAAUUCACAAAAGAGAAGUCUGUCCGUCUAA